GUGAUAUUGACUUGACUGAAACAUCAUGCAAGUCAUCAUGAUCGCUCGGUUACAUGCCAUGUAUCAGCGAUCCAGAAAGGUGCUGGUAUUUCUCGUUGUCGUCUUUCUGGCCAUCAGAAUCGCCAAUGUAGUGAUGGGCACAAUAUCGACGAUGCAGAUUGCAGCAGAGGAAUUUGUUCUUUCCGGCACCUAUCAGUGCAUGAAUGGCUACGCGGGAGAUGCGUUAUUCCUGGGUUCCAUGACUUGGAUACUUGGCACUGUUUGGGAGGUCCUUGUACUGUGUCUCACGGUCUGGAUUGCUGUAAAGCACUUCCGUGAGCUACGACAACACUCAACAAGUGGUAUUAUUGGGGACUGUUUCACAGUGUUAAUAAAAACACACAUGAGUUACUUUGCAAGUUUUCUGGCUAUGUCUUGCUUCCAGAUCGGUUUAUUCUCUCCAAUGCUUUCAGCGGACAUGCUUUCCCUGGACACUCAGAUUUAUCUUGGUCUUGCUCAGAUAUUCCAGGUCAUGCAGUUGUCUGUGCUGGGACCACGCCUGAUCCUCGGUGUUCGAGAGUAUCACGCCAAGCUCGUGGCCAACUCUGAUACAGCAACCGCUAUGACUUCAAUUGCUUUUCAGGAGCGCAUCCGCAUGUCGACUAGCAGUAGUGUGUAGCGCUGAAGAUGCUCGACAUCAAUAAUUUGCGGUGGGCGGGUAGUGUGCAGGGAGCGGG